AUGUCUGAUCUUCACCCUCUCAACGGAGGCAACUUUGUCCACGAUAACAACCGCUUAGUCGAUGGUGGUUCUAUUCUGAAGCGGUUCUCUCUCUCAGGCAAGACAGCAAUCAUCACCGGCGCCGCUGCCGGCAUUGGCUUCUCUAUUGCUGAAGCAUAUGCCGAGACUGGUGCCAACAUUGCUAUUUGGUACCGUACCAGCAACAAGGCCCAGGAGCGUGCUCAAGAACUUGCCAACAAGUACAAUGUCACUGUCAAGGCGUAUCAGGUUGAUAUGCGAGACGCUCAAGCCGUUGAGCAGGCCGUCGACCAGUCAGUCAAAGACCUCAACGGCCGGCUAGAUAUCUUUGUUGCCAAUGCUGGUAUUCCUUGGACUAAAGGUCCUAUGGUAGAUGGCCCCAUUGACCACUAUCGCGAUGUUGUCCAGACCAAUCUAGAUGGUACCUACUACUGUGCAAAGUCCGCAGCCAAGCACUGGCGUCGUCAGAAGCUUGAGGGUACUGACCUCAACGGCCAACCUCUAAGCAACUACACAUCAGGUAGUUUCAUUGCUACCGCUUCCAUGAGUGGAGGUAUCGUGAACAUUCCGCAACUUCAGGCUGCUUAUAAUGCCGCCAAGGCAGGUGUUAUUCAUCUCAUCAAGAGUUUGGCUGUUGAAUGGGCUCGGUUUGCUCGAGCCAACGCCAUUUCUCCUGGCUACAUCAUCACUGAGAUCUCCAACUUUGUGGACCAGGAGACCAAAGACAUGUGGAAGGAUAAGAUUCCCGUAGGUCGCGAAGGUGAGCCUCAUGAGCUUCAAGGUGCAUAUCUAUUCCUAGCAUCAGACGCUUCCACGUAUGCCACUGGUGCCAAUUUUGUUAUCGAUGGUGGUUACAGCGCUCCUUAG